GGACACGCUCCACUGGCUUUUAAAUUCUCUUAACUAUAAGCAGAAAAUAAUAUAUAUUAUAGAUUGCGCCACGUAUCAUGAAAUUGCAGCGCAAUAACACAUUUUUUUCUGUCAUUUUCUUGGUUACAAUUUUGGUUUACAGUGAUGCUUCCCCCAAAACAAUCAAAGUAAAAAAUGGGCUCGGAAAAUUACCUAAUUUUAAGGUUCAGAAGAUCGUGAUCAUGAGAAUUAAGCAAAGGAACUCAACUAGAAUCCGGAUCAAAAAAUGCUGUGGACACUCCAAGUGUAGCGAUAGCACGACCGCACUACUCACAGAUUCCCCUCUAAAACCAUCAGAAACGCAGAUAGCACCGAUAUUAACUAAAAUAACUACAGCAGAAAAUAUUGUCGAAAAUCAGCCGUCAAUAUCAAAUCCACAAACAGAGCAGACAAACACAAUGUCCGAAACUCCUGAUCCUUUAACAACAUCAGAUUCGUUUUCAAAUGACCUAAUCCCGACGGCAUCAUCCUCAGUGUUUGAAAGAACAGUUACAACGCCCAAAGCUACCAUAUCAGAAUUUACAUCUAACAAGAGUCCUCUGUUGGAUCCGACAAACCCAGGAGCAGCAACUGUAGAUGUUCCAUCGGUGACCAAAACACCAACAGAUAUUGGGAAAAUUGCAUCAGAUGCUGCGACGUCAAGUGCACCGUUAAUAACAACAGCAUUGUCCACCAAUGGUCUAACCAUGGGUUCGUCUACAAUCGCAGCGGCACCGACCAACCCCGCAGCAACCACAAUCGCCACCAAAGGAGCCACGGCCGCUGCUGGUACGACCACCACAGCAGCCGCAACCACCACAGCAGCUGCAACCACCGCAGGUCCAACCACCUCUGCAGCAGUAGGAGCGCCCACGAAAACAGUCGCAGGGGCUACAACAACUACCGGAGCGGCCACCACCACCGCUGGUGCGGCCACGAGCGCCGCGGGAGGUGCAACGACCGCUGACGGCGCGGCCACCACCACCGCUGGUGCGGCCACGAGCGCCGCGGGAGGUGCAACGACUGCUGCCGGCGCGGCCACCACCACCGCUAAUGCGGCCACGACAACAGCGAUAUUAACAACCACAGCCGCAAAUAAACCUCUUUGCCCCCCUUACAAUUGUUCUUCUGCUGGCUCUAGCCUUGGAGCGGAUGGCAGAGUGAAAGACUCAUCAGUUAUUAAUGGAACACUUAAAAUAUCUGGAGAUCGACAGUACAUGUUCAGCUCAAUGGAAAAAACUUGGACGGAUGCUGCCAGUGCUUGUUGUUCUCUGGGAAUGAAAUUGCUGAGUUUAGAAACAAAGGAUGAAUAUGCAGCUAUUUCAAAGAUUGCAGACUUUAACAAUGCAUUAAUCGGAGAAUAUUUCACAUCUGGAAGCGACCAUAAAGUUGAAGGCUCGUUUGUAUGGUGCUCAUUGAAUAAUGUUUCAAUCACAACUCCACUUUGGGGUGCUGGAGAGCCGAACGACUCAACGGGAACAGAAAAUUGUGUUACCCUGACAGUUUCUGCGACUAACGCAACAAUUGGUGACAGAUCAUGCACGACACCGAUGAAAUAUAUUUGCGAGUUUCCGAUCACGCCGAAAGCUGCCCUCUAUUCUUGCCUAGCUGACGCCAAGUUUUUAGGCGCUGACGGUCAAGUUAAUGUGGCUGCACCAAAUCCUGACGGGAGCUUCCAUACAAUAUGCAACAAGCUGUAUUUUAUUGGAAAAACAGCGAAAAGUUGGGCUAACAGUGGCACUGAAUGCUGCAAGAGGAAGAUGAUACUUGCUGCCAUAGAGACAGACGCAGAACAAAAAUGCAUAACUACCUUCUUCAGCGGAACAGGUAAACAGCUGUACUCGGGAAUCUUGUUGUGGAAUGCAGGAACCGACCAAAUACAGGAGGGAGUCUUCAAUUGGUUCUAUCCUGACACCAGUCUGGUGCCAGUCGUUGCUUCAAACGAGCUGCGGUGGGACGCACGUCAACCAGACAACUUUUUCGGCAAAGAGGACUGCAUUCAAUACAUGGAGAAAGGCGGCUCUCCCCCGACAAAUUUGGUCCUAAAUGACGUAGAUUGUUCAAUCAGCUUGAGAUACAUUUGUGAAAAACCAAGACGCAUUCUGCUGUCCAUUGGCCAUGAUUGUGACACAGUUGUUGCAAUGAAAUUGCUACGCUGCUCUUCUCUAGUUACUCUCGCCAUUGUGAUUAAAAUUUUAACAAACACCAAUGAAGCCGUCUCUAAAACAAUCAAAAUAAGGAAUGGGAAACAAAUCAAUAUGAACAUUGGAAAAAUUCUAGUCAUCAAAGCCAAACGAAGAAACACAACAAGAAUUCGCAUAAAAAAAUGCUGUGGAUAUUCUAAGUGUGGCAUUAGCACAUCUGAUCUACUAACGGAUGCCACUACGAAAAUUUACUCGUCGAAUUUAAAUAAUGGUCCCACUGAUGCCGCAAUUAACACUGCCAAAAUUAAACCAGGCACAAAUCAGAAGUCUACAGUGGACGAGCCCUCACAAACAGUCAUCCAAGAUCAGCCAAAUACAAUAUCUGACUUACCAGACUCCUUGUCAUCACUAGAUCAAUUACCAAAUGAUAUAACUUCGGAAAAAUCAUCGGCAAGUAACGUUGAAAUAGUCGGAUCAACGUCUCAAAACGCUCCAGUUGAACCAUCAACGCAAAAUUCCGUGCCCAUUCAGUCCCCUACGUCAAAUACAUUAAAUCCAGAAUCACCUGCCGCAAGCUCUGAUGCAACUUUGGCGGGCCCCAUUGCUAGUAUUGCUGGAAAUCAACCCACUACUGUAACGAUCAGCAACACAGCUCAACACACUUCUACUCCUACUCCAUCGCAAAUUAUCUCAGGAACAACUGCAAGAUCAAAUAUCUUAACAACAAACACUGCGUUUUCCCCAACACAGAGCAUAGCAUUAACCACUACAAGCAUUAAAGGCGCAGCAACAACUGCUGCUUCUAGUCAGUUGUCAACUACGACAAAUGCAAAAAGUGUAUCAACGUCUUCUGGUGUCGCUACUACAACUAAUUCUCAAACGCAAAAUGUGCUGUCGACCACGAAGGGUCCUUCAACUACCGCUGCUGUUGCUACUGCAGGCGCAUCUUCAACUGCCGCCGCCACCACCACUGCUAGUACUCAAACAACAAAAGCAGUCCCAUUCCCCGACUGUCCAGCUGUUGCGUGUCAACAAGAGCCGGCGAAAGUAAGCGAAUCACAGCUCUGGAAACCAUCUACAAAUGGAGAUUUCUACAGUGGAUGUAGCAAACAAUAUUUUAUCAGCAAGGCUGCAAAAAAACGAGACGAUGCGAUGAUUGAGUGCUGUAAAUACGGUCUGCAACUGCUGAGCAUCGACUCAUUUGAUGAAAUCGCUUGCAUAAUCGACUUCAACUCAGCUGAGGCCAAGGAAUCUGGACAAUUCUGGACAUCGGGAUCCAAUCUUGGUGAUUUGACCCAAAAUACACCUGGUUGGUGCACAACAAAAACAUUCUUGCCCAGCACCAGUGUGUGGUUCAAGGGCCAGCCUAAUAACCCCAGCACGGAGAGAUGCAUUUCCUUUCAAAUGUCCAACACUGCAGUUGGAACAGAUUAUGGUUGUCACGAUAAUACAUGCACCAACCUAUAUCGAUUUAUUUGCGAGGGAGAUGUCUCAGUAUGCAACGUGACGUGCCCAAGAAACUGUCCAUCUAAAUUAGACAAGAAACUUUUCAAUUCAAAAAAUCAGCUAAUGGAUUCCAAUUCUUACGGCAGAUGGAUCACGGGUUGUGGCAGUACUUAUUUAUUUUCUAACACUAGGAAGUUUGGUUGGACUGGCUCAUAUGACUUCUGCUGCAGUAUGGGAAUGAGCAUGGUAAAGUUUGAAACCCAUGAAGAAUUUAAAUGCCUCUUUGACCUUAAUAAAAACGAAGUUUCAUUAAAAUUUAAUGGGGAUUUUUGGACAUCUGCAAGCCAACUUGAUUGCGCGUAUAAAUUUGAAUGGUGUGACAGUGGAGUUCGACUUUACAGAAACGACACUAGAUGGUGGCCUGGAGCCGGCGGCCAACCUAAUAAUUUAGGGGGAGCUCAAGCUUGCACUUUUUUGCACUUCCAGCCCGGAGUACUUCCAACAGAUGGAUAUUUAAAUGAUUGGGAUUGUGCGGCUCUGUAUGAUUUCAUUUGCGAGAUGCCAGCAAUAACAAACCCAACCACGGUCACUUGCAAUGAUGUUUUACCAUGCUCGACUGACGCAACUUAUGCACAGCAGCUCCAAACAAUGACAUCCAAGACCGGAAAGUUUUUUGAGGCUUGCAGCAGGACAUAUUUCUUUAGCACAAACACUCUAACCUAUGACGCGGCUAUUACUGAAUGCUGCAAAUACGGUUUGCGGCUGGUCAGUUUUGAAACUUUGGCCGAAUUCCAGUGCGUUUUGGAUUUGAAUAACGCAAACAUGAAGUACGCUGCAACAUUUUGGACGUCAGGGACUAACGAUGGCAUAGGCAUGGAAAACUCAUGGGGUUGGUGCCCUUCGGGAAAAUUGCUUGAAAGCGGAUUUUCUUGGAAAACAGGAGAGCCGAAUAAUAUUUACACGGAAAACUGUCUUGCGUUAUCAACUGCAAUUGGUGAUUACAGUUUGUCUAAAAUCGCAUCCACUAAUUGCAAAUUAGCAUACCGAUACAUUUGUGAAGCUGCCUAAUUAAUAAAACACUUAUCACAAAUAAUGUUACAUUACAUUGAUCAGGAAGCAUGAUGAUAUAAGGAUCAAAUAAAUAAAUUA